AUGUCGUUGCAACCCCAACAAGACAUGAAUGCUCUGCUGCACGCCAUGCGCACGCAGAUUGCAGCAUUAACCUCACAACUCGCCGAGAUACAGGCAAACCCCCCUGUAGCAACCCCCUUGGUGGAAAAGAAGUUCAACAAGAAAGUCGAAGUCGUCGCUGACCCUGGCGCCUUUGAAGGAGACAGAGCGCGAUUCGCCGAAUGGUGGAUCAAACUCCAAAUUUGGGUCAAGGCAAACUGGGAUGCAUUUGCCGAUGAUUUUGAGGAGUGUUACACCGCGGGUGUGUGGCCUACCUGGGACGAUCUCAAAAUUGAGAUCAAAAAAUAUUUUAAACCACAAGCUGAGCGUGACUGGGCACGUCAGCAAUUCCUUGGCCCUGGCGGCUGA